AUGGCCAUGAUCCUUAGAAAUCUUGAGACAAUUAUCGGUUUAACAAAACUUAAGUCUCUUAAUAUUAGGUAUUGUAACAGCGUGACAGAUGAAGACAUGGAGCCUCUUUCAGGUUUAACAAACUUAAAAGAGCUAAAGUUGUCAUGCACUAAAGUCACAGAUUUGGGUAUUGCAUACUUGGAGGGUUUGCGUGAACUUUCUCAUCUAGAUUUGCUGGGUUGCCCUGUGACUUUUGCUUCAUUGGGAACUAUCUCAGGUUUUACUUCUUUGUUGCAAUUAAAUCUCAAUCAAUGUGGUCUAUCUGAUGAGGGGUGUCAGAAGCUUUCUGAGCUUAUUCAGUUGAAGGACCUUAAUCUGGGGUGCAACAAAAUCACCAAUGCAUGUUUGAUAAAUUUAAAAGGGUUAAUUAACCUGGAGAGCUUGAACUUGGAUGCGUGUAAAAUUAGUUCUGAAGGUCUGUUGAGCAUCGAAGGACUGACAUCAUUGAGAACUUUGGAAUUGUCAAAAACGAGAGUUGAAGCACUUAGUCAUCUUUCUGGACUGAUAUCAUUGAGAACUUUGGAAUUGUCAGAAACGAGAGUGGAAGCACUCGAUCAUCUUUCUGGUUUACACAAUUUGGAGAAUCUUGAUCUGUCUUUCACUUUAGUCAAUGAUAAUAGUUUAGCAGCAUUAUCUACAUUGACAUCCCUUAUGUCACUUAAUCUACAGUACCUCAAGAUUUCAGAUGAAGGCCUGCCUUUUCUUUCAAGUCACAUUGGAUUGACUCAUCUGGAUUUGUCUGGUUGCAAACAUUUGGAUAUUGGAUUUGACAAAUUAGAAUGCUUCACGAAUCUGCAGUCCCUUGAGAUAUGUGACGGGUAUCUUGAUGAUAGCUGCGUGGACAGCAUCAAAGGCCUUACCUCGCUUAAACUGUUAAAUCUGUCUAAUAACUGUGAGCUCACAGAUAUGGCAUUGGAAAGUAUUUCUGGAUUGACUGCCUUGUGUUUGCUGAACGCUUCAUAUAAUUUUAAAAUAACUGAUGCUGGUCUGCAACAUCUUCCACCAUUGAAGAAUUUAAGAUCACUUUAUUUAGAUUUCACCGAAGUGACUGCAGAUAAACUAAGGAGACUUCAACGUAAUUUUCUUCCUAAUCUGGUAAUUUUUCAACCACGCUAAUGUGUUGUUCUGGUCAAGCAAAACCUGAAAUAAAUUGCAGAUAUGGGUGCAAUCUUGCCAAGGCUUGGGAUUUGUGUUGGUCUGUCUGAAGAGUGUCUUAGGCUUGUGACACCUUGUUUGUUGGAUGUGAAAUAAUGAAAAGAGAAUGAUUGUUGAUAUAUGUUUUCUUUGUACAUGUAAAUGUGAGUAAUUUUGCCGAUAUUCUUUUCAUUGGUCAUGUUGCAUGCUGGUAAAAUGGUAAGACUUAGUGUUGUAAUUGUUUGAGAGAAGAACCAAAUAUUCAGAAACUUAUCUGUGGCUGUGGCUUACUUAAUGAUCAUAAAA